UUCAUUCAUUCUGAUUCUCUGCGGCCGCAGAGCACGUGUUGACUGAGGGGUCGCGACAGUCUACCCCUCCACCCUCUAAAGCGAUGAUAUGAUGCGUCAGGUGUAUAUGGUUGCUCGAGAACUUGUGACAGGUGUUUCGGUGGGAAAAGAACUUUAGGGUAUAUAAGAAACGAGACGGACUAACAUUUUCCAUGAAGAAAUUCGGGGAUCGACAUGAUGGCUCAUGCUUUAAAAGUUCAAGCUGAAAUUCACCAGGUGCCUGAGUAUCAGGUUACAGCGGAAGAACUAGAGGGUAUUAGCCUCACUCAGACAGACCCAGAUUUUACACGGGGAAUUAAUCCUAAUGAUUUUGCGAGAGGAUCGGGAAGCGACAGUCUCGCGGACGAUUUGGAUUUGAUUCUAACAGGGGCCUCGCCAGCGAUCUCGCGAGAUCGUCGCGUUCCCUCCUCUCCUCCGAGAAGCGGAAAUGGCGUAAUAGAAAUAUCAACAACUCCGAGACCGGCGAGGCCACAACUCGCGAGCGUGACACCAGUAUUAAAAGCCUGUGAUGCGCCUCAGCGAGCGAAGAGACGGAGAUUAGUCAGUAAGACAGCGUCUCUAGUGAAGCGAUUAUUUACAGAUUCAGUCGAAUCACCCGCGUGUUCAACCAGGGAAGGGGGUCAUGGAUCUCAAAGCGUGAUUAACGAGACCGAAGCGGAGACCGCAUCGGAUAACGGCCCAGAACCGAAUCAGGAAGCAGAGCGAAGUCGGAGAGAGCGCCAGAGUCCCACUAGACCUCUGUUUAAGCGCAGGUUUCCUCAGAGAGGGGCUAACGCCAACGUCUCUAACCAGGAAGCGAGACCUGAACGGGUCCGUCGGCUGAGAAUAGCGCCACCUCUCCGUCAGCGCCGUGACAGCGGAAUCUUGCGACUCGCUGAAAUAACGAGCGAUUUGAUUCGCGACCUGAUUCGUGACUACAGCGCCACGUUUUCUAACGCGUGUGAAAAAGGUUUUGUGUGA